AGAACUGCAUGUUUCAUCGAUCAGUUCUGUUUAUGGCUUAAGGUGAAGAUGCUGCAUGUUACUACAUUAGUUCAGCUGUUCUUUACGGUUUGUUCCUUAGCUCUACCAAUACCCGAUGAAGUGAGGAAAACUAGCCCUACUGACUUCCAAUUUGCUCAGGAAUAUCUUAUGAAGUUUUACGGCCUGAGUAGGAGGAGUUUUAGGCAAAGAACCGGCAGCCCUGUGGCAGGCAAAAUCCAGGAGAUGCAAAGAUUUUUUGGCUUGAAUGUUACUGGGAAAUUAGACAAUGGAACACUGGCAAUGAUGAAGAAACCAAGAUGUGGUGUUCCUGAUAUUGCAAACUAUGCCUUCCUUCAGGAUAACCCCAAGUGGAACAAGAACGUAUUAACUUACAGGAUUGAAAACUACACACCCGAUCUAAGAACUGCAGAAGUAGAUCAAACAAUGCAGAAGGCAUUCAAGGUCUGGAGUGAUAACAUUCCACUAAAUUUCAGCAAAGUUGAAUCAGAAGAUGCUGAUAUUGUAAUCUCCUUUGCAGCUGGUGAUCAUGGAGAUUUUAGUCCAUUCGAUGGCCGUUUGGGAACUCUUGCUCAUGCUUUUGCUCCUGGUCCAGGAGUUGGAGGUGAUGUUCACUUUGAUGAAGAUGAAAACUGGAAAGUGGAUGCAAGAGAUAUCAGUCUGUUUCUUGUUGCUGCCCAUGAAUUUGGUCACUCACUGGGCCUUGACCAUUCAAGAACCCAGUCUUCUUUAAUGUAUCCUGCUUAUCAGUACACUCCAACAUCAAAGUUCAAACUUUCGGAUGAUGAUAUACAAGGAAUACAAGCUCUUUAUGGGGGUGGCAACAAUGACAAGCCCACACAGUCCACUGCAACAACAAUGGCAUCCAUGACAGACACAACAAAAAAUGCCCUGUCAGAAACAACUACAAGAAGUGGUACGGCAUCUACAUCCUUCUUACCAGAUCUUCCCAACCCGUGUGACCCCUUCCUGACUCUGGAUGCAGUGACUAAUGUUCGAGGACUGAGUCUCUUCUUCAAAGACAGGGUAUUCUGGAUGAGAUCGUCAAGGACUGACAAAGCAAAAGAACCUGUGCUGACUAUUCCAAUUGAUUCCAUCUGGCCCAAGUUGCCUUCUAAAAUUGAUGCUGCAUACAGUGUAACAGAAAAAGAUGCUGUCUAUAUUUUUAAGGGUAGCAAUUACUGGCUCCUUAAAGGUUUUACUGUGGCUGCUGGCUAUCCAAAGAGCAUAUAUAAUCUGGGAUUUCCAGCUUCUGUGAAGAAAAUCGAUGCAGCUGUGUACAUAAAAGAAAGAACAAAAAUUCUGUUUUUUGUGGGAAAGAAGUAUUACAGAUAUUCAGAAAAUAAAAAGGCAUUUGACAGCACAACUCCAAGUUUGAUUAAAGAUGAAUUUCCUGGAAUAGAGAGCAAUGUAAAUGCUGCCUUUAUAAUGCAAGGUAGUUAUUUCUUCUCCAGUGGAACAAAAUUAAUUGAAUAUGACCUGAAAAGCAAAAAGAUUGUUUGUACUCUGAAAAACAAUGCAUGGCUGGGCUGCUGAAUUAGAUAUGAAAAACACCUGGUGUUCAGAAGACAAAUGUGUAGAUGUGCUUCUUGACAUUAUUUUGUAAAAAGUAUAUUAAUAUAAUAACCAAAAUGUUAUUUAUUUAUUUUUCAUUUUUGGAACCCUCCCACCUUCCCUUAGGCGAAUGCACCCCCAUUCAGUUAGUCUGCCUGUAUUGCUGCCUGAUAUGAGACUACACGUCUGUGAUGGGCUCCUCUUUGAUCUCAUGGAGGCCUAGUGGUUAAUGUCUGUGCUUGAUAGCUUCUGUCUGACUUUGUAUGUUCUUUUUGUGUCUGUAUGUGUUUUUCUUCAGGUACUCUGGUUUUAUCUCACCUACACAGACGUGCUUAAAAAAACAAAAUACUUACCCCUUGUCUCUUUCGCUUUCAUUCUCUCAGAUUACUAUCUUUUCCUUCCCACUUCUCCUACAAAAACAGUUUUACUAAAAUUAACAAUGUGUAUACUGUCAUAAGUCCUGAUUAUCAUUUGUAUUUCUGUCUUCUCGUGUAUCUUAAUGUAUGCCAAAAUGCAUUAUCAAAUUAAUAUAAGUUAUGUCUCUCUAUGACCAACAGCUAUUAAACUUUAUACAAUGAAGUAGUAGUGCAACUGUCAUUACUAUUAGACUGACGCAUAAGCAGUAUCACAAAAUGUCACUGAAUGUACUCCAACUUAUUUGUUGGUUAACUCAGUAUUAGCACUAUGUUCUUAGGAUGUUUGUGCUGUCUUUGUUUAAAUAUUACUGUGUCUAAAUCUGUGUGUGUGUGUGUGUGUGUGUGUGUGUGUGUGUGUGUGUGUGUGUGUGUGUGUGUGUGUGUGUGUGUCUGUGUGUGUGUGUGUGUUACGCAUGAAACAUAAUGUAUUAUAACAUUGGGAAAAAAGUUUCAUGAUGAGUGAAGAAAAUCUGCAUUGUUACUGUUAUUACUUUUUUGACUAUGAAUUUUUUUGACAGUUCAUCAUAUACCUUUAGAUGGGUUUUCAAUCUUUAUUGAGUUGUAUGUAUUGUGAAUCAGUGUGGCAGAGAAGUGCAAUGUCAAAUCUAAAUAAAGAAAUCCUCAGA